UGACAAAGACUUGCACAGUUCAUCUUUCUCAUCUGAGCAGGGUCCGUUCAAUACUCCAUUUCAUACUCCUUAGUUUUUUUGGCUCGACCUCCCCGCUGUUGGGUGCGAAUCUCGUUUCAUUCCUAACUCUUUUUCAGCACUUUAGAGCUUUUUACCACAGACUUCACGUCCUCAUUCACUCUCCCUCCCUCCGUGCUUGCAUUUAUGCGUCUGGUUUCUCUGAACAGCUGAAGCUUCAUUUUAUCUCCGCCGUCAAAUUUGGGCUGGGUUCUCAAAAUUGUUAGGUUGUUCUUGUUGGUUUCUCUUGUUCUGUCAAAUUACCUCACGAAAUGGCAGACCCUUUGUUAGAUAUGGAUGCCAUUGACUGGACCUCUGAAGAUGAGCAAGAUAUUGAGGGCAUACCUGUAGGACAGGCCACUACUGCUAACAAUGAGGCAAGCUCAUCAUCAGUUAAUCCAUGCUCCAAGAUGAUUCAGAAUUUUGUUGGGAUGGGAUUUUCUAGAGAAUUAGUUGAAAAGGCCAUAGAGCAAAAUGGAGAAGACUCAGAAUCUAUAUUGGAAACUCUUCUGACGCUCUCGGUUCUUGAGACUUCUCCUUGUGAACAACCAUAUGACAGAUGUCCUCAAGAACAGCCUUGUGUCAAUGAUGAUAAUAGCUCUUCAGACUAUGAUGAGGGUAUUUUGGGUGACUUAAGUGAUACAAAUAGUUGGUCUGAUGAUGAUGUGGAAACUAUUGUUUCCUUGCCUGACAGAGAGAGAACACUGUUAUCCCUCACAAAGAUGGGAUAUCCUGAAGAAGAGGCUUCCAUGGCUAUGGAGAGAUGUGGGCCAGAAGCCACAAUUGCGGAAUUGACAGAUUUCAUAUGUGCUGCUGAAAUGGCAAGAUCAGAAGCUACAUAUUGGCAAGAAGAUGAUAUCAAACCAAAAAUCAAGAGUUUCUCAGGUGAGAACAGUAAACAUAAGAGGAAACUUUACGCAUAUGAGAUGUAUAAGAAGAAAAAACAGAGGGGUAUGUUCGAUGAAGAGGUUGAGACGAUUCGGCUGCCAAAACCAAUGGUGGGAUUUGGUGUGCCCACAGAUAUAUGCCCAGUGUUUCAAGGGAGAACUCUUCCGGAGCAGGCAGUUGGCCCUCCCUACUUCUACUAUGAGAAUGUUGCACUAGCUCCCAAAGGUGUCUGGGACACUAUCUCUAGAUUUCUCUAUGAAGUGGAACCUGAGUUUGUAGACUCAAAGUACUUUUGUGCUGCUGCAAGGAAAAGGGGGUAUAUUCAUAACCUACCCGUUGAGAAUCGGUUCCCUCUCCUUCCCAUUCCACCACGCACCAUACAUGAAGCCUUGCCGUUAACCAAGAAGUGGUGGCCCUCAUGGGAUCAGCGCACCAAGCUCAAUUGCUUACAAACUGCUAUCGGCAGUGCUCGGCUGUCCGAUCGAAUUCGCAAGGCUGUCGAAGCCUAUGAUGGCGAGCCGCCUGAGAAGGUGCAAAAGUAUGUGCUCUAUGAGUGUAGGAAAUGGAAUCUAGUGUGGGUGGGAAGAAACAAGGUAGCCCCUCUUGAGCCGGAUGAGAUUGAAUACCUUCUUGGCUUCCCCAAAAACCACACGAGAGGCGGUGGGAUAAGCAGGACUGACAGAUACAAAUCUCUCGGAAAUUCAUUCCAAGUCGAUACUGUGGCAUACCAUUUGUCAGUAUUGAAGGACUUGUAUCCGGACGGGAUGAACGUGCUGUCUCUGUUCUCUGGGAUUGGAGGUGGCGAAGUGGCCCUGCACAAGCUCGGGAUUCGGCUGAAGACUGUGGUCUCCGUUGAGAAGUCUGAAGUCAACAGAAACAUCGUGAGGUCCUGGUGGGAGCAGACUAAUCAAACUGGGAACCUGAUUGACUUCGAUGACGUGCACGUGCUGGAUAAAGACCGGCUUGAGAAGCUGAUUCAUUCCAUUGGCGGGUUUGAUCUGGUGAUUGGGGGAAGCCCUUGCAACAACUUGGCGGGGAGCAACAGGGUUAGCCGGGAUGGGCUGGAGGGUAAAGAGAGUUCCCUGUUCUUUGAGUACUUCCGGAUUUUAGAUGCAGUUAAGAGUAUUAUGUCCAGAUACCAGUAGUAGUUUGCACUUGCACAAACUUAAAAAAAAAAUUAUGUAUUCUUCUUUUUCUGACUUCUAUACAUUAUUGUAUUGUGAAUUAUGGGUUAAUUAACUUAUUCUUUUUUUCGUAUAAAAUCAAAUCAUUGGAAUGCUGACAUGUAUCAAAG